AUGAGUACAAAUCUCUCACAGAUGAUCCGUCAAGCAGAAAAGUUUAUGGGCCAAAUGGAGAACACAUUGUCCGAAAUGCAAAGUAAGAUAAGAAAUGGAACAAUAUCAACUGAAGAUUUCUCUCAAAUUAACAAAUCAAAUCUUGUUUCAUUAGAAAAACUAAUUACAGAUAUGUCAAGAUCAUGUAUAUCAAGAUCAGACUAUAUCUUAUUAACAUUGAAUAAAAUGGAGAGUGAAAUCAGAACAGUUGAUGGUUUGAUGCUUGCAGCGAAAGGCAAAGUCGGUGCAUCGAUAGUGAAAGAUUACAUCAAGCGCCAAAGGAUCCCAGAUAAGAUCCAAUACACUCCAGCAAUGGAAAUUGAUCAACCACCAGCGAUUGAUUACGGAAAUAUCAGCCAUAAUUCAAAGCCUGGUGAAUGUAUUAAUUUUGAUUUAUUUGACUCCAUUGGAAUCCCAUUUGUUGAACACAUAACUGAUGAUAUUCCAGAUGCAGUAUUAAUUACUACAAAACCCAAAGAGUAUUGGGCAGAACGUCAAGAUUUCUUCAAACAGAACUAA